UUUCCCUCGGAAAUCUUGCUUGCCGGCCUCGUCUUCUUCCUUCAGGUUGGUCGUUUGUCGUCUAAGUGGCAAGCUCCCGAAAACAGCGUUGCUCCUACAGUGGAUGUCUCGGGCGUGGCUGGAGCUGCUGUGGUCGCAAGUUCAACUCCACAAGAGGGUAGCAGUACAGCAGUGGAGCAGCCAAAACUGACUGGUUCUAGAAGGAAGCGUAUAUUAGAUGUAUGGGAUUAUUUUAAGACAGAACUAAUCAAUGGGAAAUGGCAGGCAAUAUGCAACUGGUGUCAUAAGUCAUAUGCCGGAGAAUCAACCUCUGGUACGUCACACUUAAGGACUCAUUGUAAUAAUUGUCCGGCUCGGCAUGCACCAGUGGGUCCACAACAAAGCAAAUUAAAGUUAUCAAAAUGUGUUGAUGGGAAAGUAAAUUUGGAGACUUAUGUUUUUGAUCAAGAACUUGCUAGAAAGGAACUUGCAUUGAUGAUAUGUGUGCAUGAGUACCCUCUGUCUAUUGUUGAUCAUGCUGGAUUCCGAAAAUUUUGUGGUACUUUGCAACCAAUGUUCAAGGUGGUGUCUAGAAAUACCAUUAGGCCGGACAUCAUAAAUAUGUUUGGUGUCCAAAAGAAUAGCAUGGUGAAGUACUUUGCAAAGUUUGAGAACCGAGUAGCCAUCACAACAGAUUUGUGGACGGCUGGCCAUCAAAAGAGGGGCUAUAUGGCUGUAACUGCACAUUAUAUUGAUGCUUCUUGGAACCUAAAGAGCUUCCUAAUGAGGUAACCAUGUCUCUAUCUAAAUCAUUGUUAUUCUGAAAUAGAUGUAUUGAUUAUUGUUACUCUGAACCACAAAUUUAUCCAAGAACUCCAUAAACACCUUGUUCAUCA